AUGUCACUUGCCCGACCCCGCUCGCAAUCGGAGGGUACUGCAACCCCCAAGCCUCCUAUCACCACCUCUGAUGCUGUACGCAUUCGCAACGACCACCUCUCUGAAUCAUACCGCCAGGCCCUGCUCGACCCAGAGUAUGCUACCGUCCGGUACAGCCUGCUGCAGCCAGACAUUGCCGAUGAACAGCGCUUUCUAGAUGCGUUCGGGUCUACUGAGCGGAUUGAGCAUCUGGCGCACCACUUUCCGCUUGCCCUCGCUGCUCAGGCUGAGCCUAUUCAGCCUGCCAUGCUCGCUGAUCUCUCCAUCGAUGGCCUCGCGGAAAUGGUUGCUUCAAAGAGACAGUCUGUCACUGCACGAAGCUCUGAGCUUUCGACGAUGCAGGAGCAGAUCAGCGAAAAGUGUCGCCAAAUCGAGCUGCUUCACGCGCUGUCCGAGACUCACAUCCACUGUCUCCGCCUCUCCCACAUGCAGCUACAGGACGUGGAGUCUUACAUGCGUGCUCGGAAGAUCGAACACAUCGUCGAGGAGCUAGUUGCGGAGAAGCUGAGGGCAGAGCAGGAGCGGAAGUUGAGGAUCAUGUCCGCCGCGACCCUUGGAUUUCUGGAUGCUCAGGAAGGCGAAGAUUCCUCCGGCUCAGACCCGGAGACUGACAGCGAAGGAAGCUCCGUUCGCACGAAGACAGGCAAUUUCGAGCCGCUCCUGCCCAUGAAGGAGAAAGAGCCACAAUUUGUUAGCCACACGGUUCAAUCAACUACACCAACUCUGAGCCUGAUGACUGACAAAGGGCAGAACACGGCGACAGCUAAGGGCACGAACAAGCCCAAAGCUGCAUCUAAACCAAAACAAAGCAAGAACGUACGAGAGCUUCGCGCUGCAGGCCUCAACCCAUCGCACAACGCUGAAGACCCGCAAUUGAGAAUCACAUCUGAGCAGCCUCUGCGACCACAAGAGCACAGAGUGAACAUGACACUUGAGGAGCACGAAGAUUAUGUCCACUCUGUGCAUGGUUACGGUGGCCCAAACAACAUGCCAAUGACGGCACCUCCAAGUCAAGCUGGCACAGGCAUUGCCAAUCUCCUUGACCCUCAGGCUGUUCAUCACGGCUCGAGCCAUGUCCCACCGUACCAGCAGAGUCAUCGCGACCUGCCUCCUCCAAGUUCUCAAUUUGAUCAGCAGCAGCAUAGCGCUUUUGACUCUCAUCCAUCACUUCCACCGCUGCCUACAAUGAUGGGUAGCUUCACUGGGCCUUCACAAUCCCAAUCUACAACGAUCGGUGGCUUUGCUGGACCUUCACCACAAUCCCAGUCUGCGAUGAUGGGUGGCUUCGAUGGACCUCCGCAAUCCCAGUCUACGACAAUCGCCGGCGGCUUUGCUGGACCUUCGCCGCAAUUCCAGUCUGCGAUGAUGGGUGGCUUCGCUGGGCCUUCACAAUACCAGUCUACGAUGGGUGGCUUCACUGGGCCUCCGCAAUCGCAGUCUACGACGAGGGCUGGUGGCUUCGCUGGGCCUCUGCAAUCCCAGUCUACGACGAUCGCCAGCGGCUUCACUGGACCUUCGCCGCAAUCACAGUCUGCGAUGAUGGGUGGCUUCGCUGGGCCUCCGCAAUCGCAGUCUACGACGAGGGCUGGCGGCUUCGCUGGGCCUCUGCAAUCCCAGUCUACGACGAUCGCCAGCAGCUUCACUGGACCUUCGCCGCAAUCACAGUCUACAAUGAUUGCCGGCGGCUUCGCUGGACCUUCGCAAUCCCAGUCUACGAUGAUCGGUGGCCUCGCUGGACCUUCCCAACCCCAGUCUGAGCCUCUACAAUCCCAGCUAGCGAAUGCUUACCAAUAUUAUAGCAAUACUAGUGGCCCCAGCAUGCAGCCCAUGGGACUGGCACGGUUUCGUCCUCCUAGAGAUUUCAUGGACCGACUUCCUACCGUCCAGCUUUCACAGCCCCGCGUCAUCUCAACAGUCCAGUCAAGCACUACUGUACUUGACCAAUCUCGCAAGCGAACUCGACCGACGAAUCCUCCCAAGGCAACACAAAGUGGCAUGACGCCUCACGAAACCGAUGAAUGGGCAAGCCGCAACACUCAGUUCUACACCAGAUGCUGGCAUGCUCAUGUAUGA